UCAAUUAAGAAACAGAACGAACUUCCUGGUUUUCGAAUAUCCGGCGACAUGAACGAAAUACUCUCUCUUCAGUAUAUGUUUUCGUAUGCUUGAUUUCCGAGGGAGGCAUAGAAAAUUCGCGAAGAUGUCGAGAAACGGAGAAACGGCGGAGGUCACGGAGAGAGCUUCAUCUCGCACCAGAAUCCGAGCGGUGCCCGACCCAUUCCUCGUUGUUUGUAGGUGCUUCAGCGUCAUUACCUCCGUCACCGCCAUCCUCUGCAUUGCUGUCAAUGUUCUAUCUGCAAUUCGUUCCUUCAAAGACGGAUCUGAUAUAUUCAACGGGAUAUUUCGAUGUUAUGCGGUGGUGCUUGCGUUAUUUGUGGUGCUCGCGGAGACAGAGUGGGGAUUCAUUGUCAAGUUUUGGAAGGUAUUGGAGUACUGGGCUGGAAGGGGCAUGCUGCAAAUUUUUGUUGCAGUAAUGACAAGAGCCUUCCCUGACUAUUCUGCGAAGCAGAGGGAUCUCGUUCUUCUUCAAAAUAUAGCAAGCUAUAUGCUCCUUGCUUGUGGUGUUGUCUAUAUUAUUUCGGGAAUCCUUUGCAUUGGCUUUCUUAAACGUAAACGCCAGCAGAAAGAAACUACAAGGGAGCAAGCAUUCAAGGAUCUGGAGGAAUUGGAGCGGCGAAGGGGAGAACUUGAACAAUUGCUUAUGCAAGAGAGAGUUUGAGGCACUUAGCGUCGACACCAUCAAGAUCCUUCCAGUAGUUGAGCAAAAACGAAACAGGGCAAAAUGACUUCAAUAAAGCAUGUUGACAAGAAACACUUGCUUGCUGAGAGACAUUUACACUUCGUCAGAACUUGAAUGAUUGUUGCUUAAGAGUAACAAUUGACUGUACAGAAAUUCAUCUUUCUAGCACCUGUUACUCUGGAAACUCUGAAUCCUUCAUCUUGAAAUAGCCAAAUAGGCAAAUUACAGUCGCUGGAGAAUUGUCUCGCA